AUGGGUGGGGCUCUGGGGCCAGCCCUGCUGCUCACCUCACUCCUUGGUGCCUGGGCAGGGCUGGGCCUCGGGCAGGGCGAACAGGCUGUGACGGUGGCCGUGGUGUUUGGCAGCUCGGGGCCACCACAGGCCCAGGCCCGGACCCGCCUCACCCCCCAGAGCUUCCUGGACCUGCCCUUGGAGAUCCAGCCACUCACCGUGGGGGUCAACAACACCAACCCCAGCAGCCUCCUCACCCAGAUCUGUGGGCUCCUGGGUGCGGCCCGGGUCCACGGCAUCGUCUUUGAGGACAACGUGGGCACAGAGGCCGUGGCCCAGAUCCUCGACUUCAUCUCCUCCCAGACUCACGUGCCCAUCCUCAGCAUCAGUGGGGGCUCUGCUGUGGUCCUCACCCCCAAGGUUCUCAUCCAAGUCUUCCCGGUCGGCCUCAUCAGCGUGGUCACCGAGAGCUGGCGGCUCAGCCUGCGCCAGAAGGUUCGCGACGGCGUGGCCAUCCUGGCCCUGGGCGCGCAUGGCUACCGGCGCCAGCACGGCGCGCUGCCUGCCCCGGCUGGGGACUGUCGCAGCCACCCCGGGCCUGUUAGCCCUGCCAGGGGGGCCUUCUACAGGCACCUACUGAACAUCACCUGGGAGGGCCGAGACUUCUCCUUCAGCCCUGGUGGGUACCUGGUCCAGCCCACCAUGGUUGUCAUCUCCCUCAACCGGCACCGCCUCUGGGAGAUGGUGGGGCGCUGGGACCAUGGCGUCCUCCACAUGAAGUACCCAGUGUGGCCUCGCUACAGUGCCUCCCUGCAGCCCGUGGUGGACAGCCGGCACCUGACGGUGGCCACACUGGAGGAGCGGCCCUUUGUCAUUGUGGAGAGCCCCGACCCUGGCACCGGCGGCUGUGUGCCCAACACUGUGCCCUGCCGCAGGCAGAGCAACCACACCUUCAGCAGUGGCGACACAGCCCCCUACACCAAGCUCUGCUGUAAGGGCUUCUGCAUCGACAUCCUCAAGAAGCUGGCCAAGGCGGUCAGGUUCUCCUACGACCUGUACCUGGUGACCAACGGCAAGCAUGGCAAGAGGGUGCGCGGCGUGUGGAACGGCAUGAUCGGGGAGGUAUACUACAAGCGGGCGGACAUGGCCAUCGGCUCCCUCACCAUCAACGAGGAGCGCUCCGAGAUCGUGGACUUCUCUGUGCCCUUCGUGGAGACGGGCAUCAGCGUGAUGGUGGCGCGCAGCAACGGCACCGUGUCUCCUUCAGCCUUCCUGGAACCCUACAGCCCCUCGGUGUGGGUGAUGAUGUUCGUCAUGUGCCUCACCGUGGUGGCUGUCACUGUCUUCAUGUUCGAGUACUUCAGCCCAGUCAGCUACAACCAGAACCUCACCAGCGGCAAGAAGUCUGGUGGCCCAUCCUUCACCAUCGGCAAGUCUGUGUGGCUGCUGUGGGCACUGGUCUUCAACAACUCGGUGCCCAUCGAGAACCCCCGGGGCACCACCAGCAAGAUUAUGGUCCUGGUCUGGGCCUUCUUUGCUGUCAUUUUCCUUGCCAGCUACACUGCCAACUUGGCUGCCUUCAUGAUCCAGGAGCAGUACAUCGACACUGUGUCGGGCCUCAGUGACAAGAAGUUUCAGCGGCCUCAAGACCAGUACCCACCCUUUCGCUUCGGCACGGUGCCCAACGGCAGCACAGAGCGGAACAUUCGCAGCAACUACCGAGACAUGCACACCCACAUGGUCAAGUUCAACCAGCGCUCUGUGGAGGACGCGCUCACCAGCCUCAAGAUGGGGAAGCUGGAUGCCUUCAUCUACGAUGCCGCUGUCCUCAACUACAUGGCAGGCAAGGAUGAAGGCUGCAAGCUGGUCACCAUUGGCUCUGGCAAGGUCUUUGCCACCACCGGCUAUGGCAUCGCCAUGCAGAAGGAGUCCCACUGGAAGCGAGCCAUAGACCUGGCGCUCCUGCAGUUCCUGGGGGACGGGGAGACACAGAAGCUGGAGACCGUGUGGCUCUCGGGGAUCUGCCACAACGAGAAGAACGAGGUGAUGAGCAGCAAGCUGGACAUCGACAACAUGGCCGGCGUCUUCUACAUGCUGCUCGUGGCCAUGGGGCUGGCCCUGCUGGUCUUUGCCUGGGAGCACCUGGUCUACUGGAAGCUGCGCCACUCGGUGCCCAACACGUCCCGCCUGGACUUCCUGCUGGCCUUCAGCAGGGGCAUCUACAGCUGCUUCAGCGGGGUGCAGAGCCUGGCCAGCCCCGCGCGCCCGCCCAGCCCGGCCCUGUCGGCCAGCUCGGCCCAGGCCAGUGUGCUCAAGAUGCUGCAGGCGGCGCGCGACAUGGUGACCACGGCUGGCGUGAGUAGCUCCCUGGACCGCGCCACGCGCACCAUUGAGAACUGGGGCAGCCGCCGGGCCUGUCCCGAGGGCGCGUGGGCCGGGCACCCCGCCUGGCCGCACCGACAGCACGCCUGCCUCUACGCCCAUGCCCGCCUGCCGCUCUGCUGGGGGGCUGUGUGCCCCCACCUGCCCCCCUGUGCCAGCCAUGGCCCCUGGCUGGCUGGGGCCUGGGAGCCUCCAGGGCGCAGGGGCAGGACCCUGGGGCUGAGCACAGGCUACAGGGACAGCGGGGGGCCGGGGGCCGGCAGGGCGGCCUGUGGGGCGCAGGGCUUCCUGGGACCCUGCGCCUGGAGGCGGAUAGACAGCUUGGAGUCAGAAGUGUGAGGUGUGGGCUGCUCUGCUUCCUGGGCAGCUGGACCCCCCACCUGGCACUGCCAGGGUUAGGGGCAGGCAGGCUCCGGCUUUUCGGACUUUUGCGGUGAAAUCCUGGCUGUGGAGCCCCAGCGACAAUGUCCUCCACCGUCAGUUCAGUGACCUCAGCGGCCUCGGGUCCUGGCCCGGGCUUGGUUCCUGCUGUCCUCCCAUCAUGUCAAAACCUUCCCCCAGGACCUGGGGUCACAGGGAG